AUGACGAGUGGUGGUGGAAAGGGAGAGAAGAUAUUUGUUUCAGUAAGGGUAAGGCCGCGGAACGACAAGGAGAAGACUAGGAACGAUAUUUGCGAUUGGGAAUGUGUCAACAACACAACUAUUAUCUGCAACAAUAAUUUGCCUGAGAGAUCUCUCUUCCCAUCUUCCUAUACAUUCGACAAAGUGUUUGGAUUCGAUAGCCUUACAAAACAAGUCUAUGAAGAUGGAGCCAAAGAGGUUGCUCUUUGUGUCCUCGAGGGAAUCAAUUCAAGCAUUUUUGCGUAUGGACAGACAAGCAGUGGGAAGACGUACACGAUGAGUGGCAUCACUGAAUUCGCAAUUGACGAUAUUUUUUGUUACAUUCUAAAGCAUAAAGAACGGGAAUUCACUCUCAAGUUCUCUGCAAUCGAGAUCUACAAUGAAGCUGUGAGGGAUCUCCUUAGUGGAGAUAAUAAUCAGUUGAGGCUUCUAGAUGAUCCAGAGAGAGGAACCGUCGUUGAGAAACUUAUUGAGGAGACCCUUCGAGACAGAACCCAUCUAGAGGAGCUUCUUUCAGUUUGUGAGACUCAGCGGAAGAUUGGAGAAACCUCACUGAAUGAAACAAGCUCCAGAUCGCAUCAGAUUCUCCGGCUGACUAUUGAAAGCUCUGGUAGAGAAUUUUCUUCAGACACACUUGCAGCAUCUGUGUGCUUUGUUGAUCUGGCUGGAAGUGAACGUGCUUCUCAGACUUUAUCUGCUGGUGCAAGAUUAAAAGAAGGUUGCCAUAUAAACCGGAGUUUACUUACUCUUGGAACCGUCAUCCGCAAACUAAGUAAAGGUAGAAACGGCGGGCACAUACCGUAUCGAGACUCAAAGCUAACUCGAAUCCUUCAGAACUCUUUGGGAGGAAAUGCGAGAACAGCUAUCAUAUGUACAAUGAGCCCUGCCCGUAGUCAUGUUGAACAGUCGAGAAACACACUUCUCUUUGCAACAUGUGCUAAAGAGGUGACGACAAACGCUCGGGUCAAUCUAGUUGUGUCUGAGAAGGCUUUGGUGAAGCAACUGCAACAGGAACUUGCUCGAAUGGAGAAUGAGUUGAAGAACAUAGGAUCUACUUCUUCUUCUUCUGCAAGCACUGACUUCUAUUUAUUGCUGAAAGAGAAAGAGGAAGUGAUUGCAAAAAUGGAGGAACAAAUGAAAGAAGUAAAAUGGCAGCGUGAUGUAGCGCAAUCUCGGGUGGAGACUUUGCUUAAAGCUACAGCAGAAGAGCGGUCUUCUAGGAUGGAUGAACAUUCAAUGUUAAGCUCCAUGGAUUUUGAUGCAGAUCUCCGAAGAAGAAGCUAUGAUUCAAUAAAUAUUUGUGAACCUAGUACCGUUAAUGACUUCUCCGUGAGGAAUUUUGAGUUUAUCGAAAACUCUGAAGAAGAUGAAACCCUGGUGGAAGACAAUGCUCAUCAAUUUUCAAGGUACAAUCUGUACAACGGCUGGGAAGACAUUGUUCAAAAAACAGACGAAAAAGUGGAAGAUGCAUGCAAGGAACUUACAUACAUCGAGGCUGAAGCUGACCAGAGUCGUGUCCAAGCAGCAACAGUCGAAAGCCAUGACGACAUUGUUGAUAAGAAAGCUGUGUGCGAGGUUCUCUCACCCCGAAAGAAAGAAACUAUAUCAGCUCCGGAAUAUGAACAAAGCGAUAGCUCGUUAAUGGGUAAUGAUGAGAAUGAAGAGGUAGAGAUUAGCAUUCCUGCAGAGAAGGAAAACAUUGGCUUAUUCUCGAAGACGAUAGAUGUUGAGUCGUGUCUAAAUGCUAAGCCUGAGACCUAUGAGCUAACUUUCAAGAACUCGAAUUUGAAGAUGAGCCCAUCAGUUGAAGAACAGGUAAACAAAGAAACAAGUCCUUCAACCAAGCAAGCUGGACAAUGCUCAAAUAAAGAAAAAGAUAUAUCAAAGGAACACUGUGAAUUAAAUUCACUCCCUACGAAGAAGCAAUCUGAAGAGACAGUCGAAAUGGAAUUAGUACCCGAUGGUACUAAGCUAGAGGAGGAUGCGACAUCUGAAGAAAAGUGUGGCGACAAACUUCCUCAACACGCUGGUAAAGAUUAUAGAGAAUCAUCAGUCUACAGAAACAUCGUGACAGAUGGUGUUGACAACAAUACUUAUGAGGCUUUGAAAGAAAAGGUGAAGGAGAUGCAGAAGAAAAUUGAAUACCUUCUGAGUAUGCAAACAGAAGAACAACAACAACAGUCACCCUCCUUCAGAAGAGACUACAAGAGUCCGGAAUUUUUAACUACCAAAAGAAGCAGAAGUUGCAGAGAGAAUCUCUUGUGUGCUAGAUCUCCUGGUUGGUUUGAUAAUCUGAAAGCUAGUAACAAUACCUCACCUUCCUGGAGGGUUAGGGAGUUAAAGGCAUCUCCCAGGAGCAAGACUUCGAGCAUUUCUUUUGAUUCAGGGAGCUCUAUGAGUUCUACUCCCAUUGAUGCGCAAAGCCUGAAAGACUGUGAUCCGGAAACGGGCAAUAGCUUCCAUGAAUUUGUAGCAGGUCUCGAAGAAAUGGCAAGGCAGCACUCAAUUGACUCGACACCUGACCUAGAUUAUGAAAUUGAUAUCAAGCAGGAAAUCCCUGGAAAUAACAGAAAUGAAGAAACCAUAGUUGCCAACAAUGAUCAAUUCGAGCAAGAAAAGGAUUUGGUAGAAGAAGCAGCAGUACCUAAGGAAACAGAUUCCACAGAGACUUUCCCAGAGAAAGGACAAUAUCCAAGAAACUUAUCAGACUUUGAGAGACAGCAACGGCAAAUAAUUGAGCUUUGGGCGGUAUGCAAUGUACCACUGGUUCACAGAACCUACUUCUUCUUGCUCUUCAAAGGUGAUCCAUCGGACUAUGUUUACAUGGAAGUUGAACUCAGAAGGCUCUCUUUUCUGAAGCAAACGAUAACUAAUGACACGGAAACAUCAAGGAUACAAACAGUGAAGGCACUCACACGCGAGAAGGAAUGGCUUUCGAAACAAAUACCAAAAAAAUUCCCAUGGAACCAGAGAAUAGAACUUUACCGAAAAUGGGGCGUCGAGGUGAACUCAAAGCAGAGAAGUCUGCAGGUGGCGUACAAAGUGUGGACUAACAUAGAAGACAUGGAACACAUAAAAGAGAGUGCUUCUCUUGUCGCAAAGCUGCUUGGAUUUGUUGAGUCAAGUCGAAUGCCAAAGGAAAUGUUUGGCCUCAGCUUGUUGCCUGGAAAAGAGAACGUAAAAUCAUCUGGCUGGAGAUUUACCAAAUCUUUCUCCAGUAUGCGCUUGGCCGGAUCAUAAAAAGGACACAUACACAGUUCUCGCUGUGAAAGGUUGUAUGUAAAAUUACUAAAUUUCUAGACAUCAAACCGC